AUGAGCUGCGACUGCAAUAACUUGGCUGGAAAUACUACAGCUGUAUCUUCAAGCUCGAGCACAGCUACUCAGCCCUCGUCAGGUUACCGUGGUUCAUCAACCAUGCUAACAGAUUCGUCAGCCAGAAUAGCCCAGCACCAGCUGUUUCUUGAUGCAGCUGAGAAGGACGCCGAUUAUAAUGAAUACUAUCCAGAUGAAGGUGUGGGAACGGAAAGCAGCCUUGAAUCUGGAAAAUCAAAUGAACUGAAGUUCCAUAGGCCACAUACUCCACCGUUGCCUAAACCAAGAACUAAGAAAAUGGAAUACACAGAGUUCCCACCUCCCGGCGCACUUAUCAGCAGCGCAGAUUUACAACAGCUAGAAAGAAUUCCUAAAGCACAAAAUCUGAAGGCCACCAGGGCCGAUGGGCAACCGUCUCAAUUAAAACCAACGGAAGAGAUAAAAGCCAGUCUAACGACGCCACCUAACUCGCCCAACAUAUCCGCUGUGAUAGCACAGAGGCUGUACCAGGGCAAGAAUCUAGCUGAAAUUCCAAUCUGUGAGGAAGCGGAAGUUAGCCCGGAUGAAUUUGGAAGUCCCAUCCGCCAUGAUACUAGGGCAAAAUAUGAUGUCAUUGAUGUGUCACAAAGAGAGGUAAUCUUAAUGAAAUGUUUAACAAAAUCUUUAGUCUCCAACGUGACCGAUGCUGUUGAAAUGUUAAUUCAACAUUUCUCGUCUGCUACGGACCAAGCUGAGUUAGCGUUUUUGGGUGACUCCAAAGAUUCUCCAGCUUGCGCCAAAAUUGCACUCAACGCGCUAUGCCCAGCUCUAUACGCAAUAUUCAGGGAUGGCCUUAAAGAAAAUAUCGAAACCUCGUUUGGGGCUGUUAAUAACUCUGUAUGGCAGAUGGUUGAAGCUACUGCGAGGCAAGGUCCAAUAACAAAAUCUCUAAACGAGUUGGUUUUGAGAAUCAACAGCGAAGAUGCAGUCACCGAAGGACUUGUCAAGUUUAACGCUUUCAUCCUUGGACUGCUGAACGCGCAGUCUGUAGAUGCUUGGGUGUCGUAUGUUCGAACCCGGGAGUCAGUACUCGCCAAGCACUACAGUCCAGAUUCUCUGAUCCUCGCCGGUUGUGUGGGAGAGACGCGAUGCCGGGCACUGCUAGAUACUCUACUUGCCAGCUUGGAACCGCUGAAGCUCUUACCUUUCUCGCUCGAUCUCAUGUUUGAAAUGCGUGAGCUACACAGAAGUUUCAGAAGAUUGAAAGCGACAUGCGUGCCGCCAGUCGGCCCACUUCGAUUAACACUCCACCACUAACACUGAACCAGCGGAAUUUGCUGAAGCUGGUGCGUUCGAUGCAGUCGAGCGGACUCUCAAGCGACGACUGCCAAACCAGUGUCAUAAUGAGACACAAAGAGCCUAAAAACAAAGAGCCAUCCACACCUGACCUGCUAAACGAUUCAGCGAACGUUAAGACCACUGUUGAAAAGAACAGACCGCGCUCAUGCGUCAAUCCGUCAGCGAUUGGUUAUGACAUUUGUCCAAAUAAUAGCAGGAUAGAAAUGGAAACAAACCGCAGAUGGUCCGGGGUACACUUGGGCUCUAAAUUAACCUUUCGUGUGUUUUAGACGUGGAUCCACGUUCGAAAAAUCUUUACCCUCGUGUGCCUAAGCGUGGAUCCACGUCCAAAACUAACAAACUUUUUAAAUGCGAUUUUGUUCUCUAUUCUUUGGACUUUUGGGUAAAUUUUUUUUUGCAACGAAAACGUACUGAAUGAAUCUGUCACGGGCGGCCAUUAGACUGAAUGGAUUUCGUCAUGGGAAUGGGAUCGACAAGUAAAAACAAGUGCAUUCUGGUGACACGUGCGACCGGUGAAAUUCCUUUUGUGUGAUUCUCACGAAAAUAAACAACUGAAUUCAUCAUGGUUGUGGUCCUGGAUCUUGACCGGUUUUUGCAUAAA